CGGCGCUGUUCGCUGAGAAUGAGCAUCUAUAGCUGAGCGCCUAAAGGCGCUGUUCGCCGCGAAAGGGUUAAUGAAGAUUAUAAUUCCAAAGUUGAAAAUGGCCGUGUCCAAAUUCGUAAUAAAUCCACAUCGACAAUGUUUGGAACAGUGAAACUGGGUCUACGCAUGGGAGGAUUACUCAACAAGUUCUUUCUAAAAUGGCUGCAGGCCCUGGCGCUUUGGCUCAAAUUUUCGCCCAAUUACGACGAAGUUGCAACCUGGUAUAUAGGUUGGAAGGGGAUGCUGAGUGACAGGUUACUAGCGGGACCGGCGGUGAAAAAGCACUUCAAGAAAGCGUUAAAUAUGAUGAACAGAGCCGUCACCGAGCCACAAAGUCAUCAACCUGACGCGGUGGAACAAGUUUCGUAUCUAACGAGUUUAGAGAGAACCCAACCGACGAUGUCACAGAUGGUACCGAUUGUGCAGCCGCUAAUAGAGGGAUUCGCGGGGGCAGUGCGAACCGCUUUGCAGAUCCCGCAGAGCUUCAAGGAUCUCGUGCAAAAGAAGUGCGAGGAACGUGGUAUAUUGUUUAUACCGAUCCCGAAUAGAUAUAAAGAAGCCAAACGAGUACAAAGUGGGAAACGUCCAGGCAUACAUCCAUAGCAACGUGUUGAUUGUGUGCCACAAUAGUACAAAUUAGAUGCCAAUUGGAUGCAUAUCUAACAACGCAUUUAAAUGCCUUGUUAGAUAUAUCUGAACCGAUUCUGUAUGAAAUUAACUGCAAUUGUUCAAAUUGUAUAGUCACUUUGUUGUAUUCAUACCGUAAAUAUGCUGUAAGAUUUCUGAAUGUACAUAUAUGUGUGUGUGUGUGUGUGUGUGUGUGUGUGUGUGCACACUGAUUAAUACGUGUUGCAUAUGUAUAUUCACGCAAUAAUAGCAACCAAGGAUGAAUCCAUGUAUAGACACAGUGUCAGUAAGAGGAUUCCAUUCUUCCACCUCCAAUGUUAAUUUCGGUAACAUUAAUAAGUCCAAUAUAUUUUCCAAAAUCCAGUUAAGCAACAGUGGCAUUCAGUGCUCUAUUAAUUCGAUCAGGGGUUUCGGCUGCC